AUGGCAGGAACCACCACAGCCAAACAGGUCCCGGCUAUAGAAGUUGAGAGCAUAGACAGAAAGCAUAGACAGAAAGCAUAUAUAGAAAGCAUAUACAGAAAGCAUAUACAGAAAGCAUAUACAGAGAGCAUAUACAGAGAGCAUAUACGGGUGCUGGUGCCCUCAGAAAACCAACUUCUCCGCCCACUGGAUUGCCCGAUUAGGCAAUUAUCACGGCCAAACGAGCGUGCGGAAGAGCGUCGUCCGCUUGGCCAGGUCGGCCGCCUGAGGAGGGUCGAGGGCAGCUGGGACGGGGACAGGGACAGGGACGUCGCCGGUUGCUGGCCUCUCGCUCCAGCCGGGUUGACGGAGUGCGGUCGGCUGCAACUCGGUGGUAACUUCACGCUGGAGGCACGUACACACUCACUGUGGAGUGGGAGCGGUUUAACAAUCACCUCCCGCCCUUUUCCCGGCCGGUCAGCAUCUCGCCCCAUGUUUCGUCAGAUGAAAGCCGGGCGCCGGACGAUAAGCUUCAGAAACCCCCACAUUCGCGAACCCUUUGACGACAAGCGCCUUUUCGACGUGGUUCGUGGCCUUCAGCGCCAUGGCGACGGCGCAGUGCUGCAGAUCAGCUCUUCUCGGCUUCAACAACAGUCCCUCGGGAAGGGGGAGCAUCCAGCCAACGACGGUGGGCUCGUUCUGCUCUCUUGCCCGCCCCUCCAGGAUCCGUAUCCAAACCCCCCCGAACCCAAGACCGAAGAGGCCCGUAGCCGAGUCCUGGCCCAGAUACCGGCGUCUCAGCAGCAGUUUCAUGCCGCGAUCGUGCCAGUUAUCAAUAACGCUCUGCAGGAAAUUCGGGAAAACCACCACGGGGCGUGGUGUAGCCCAAGGUGCACGCGUGGGCCGACUCAGCCAACGGAGCGAGAGCGGGAAAAGCGGCGCGAGGACGCCCGAUGCACCGGCAUACCCAGCGGAGAACCAUCCCAAGACCGCAAGAGAAAAUUGCCCGACGCAACAACUCCGGAAACAGGUCCCGACGAGCCAAGUUUCACUAUCGAACACAGCGAGCUACAUUCUCACCGUCCGUCUGAACCUCCUCUCAUACUUGCCCCCGGGAUCAAUAAAGUCGAGUCCCUGGGCGCCAUCCAGGGCCGAAUAGUCCAAAACCCGUCGUCCGCCCAGGUCGUCCUCAGUAUCAAAUCAGCAAAACAGCAGUGUACGCCAGAUGGCGGAUCCUCUCUCCCAGACUACAUAUCUAUCAAUGUUCCUCCAAAGUCCACGUUCGUUCACUGCCAUCUCGCCCCAGAUGCGGAAUCUCGCCCGAGCCCCAUUUCUCCAUUGUCCUCAGAUACGAAAUUCGACUUCAUUCUCAUGGACCCCCCCUGGCCAAACCGUUCAGUCCGCCGCUCCUCACAUUACAAAGAACAUGCGGAUCCCCUCCAGCCCGUAAUUGAAAGUAUCCUGCAAACCCACCUCCAUCCACACCAGGCCAUAGCUGCCAUUUGGAUCACCAAUUCAUUAAAAUCCCGAUCUGUCGCAUUAAGCUCCUUUAAAACUUCAGGGCUUCAUCCAUUCGAGGAAUGGAUUUGGGUCAAGACAACAGUUGAUGGCCGCCCUGCAGCGCCCCCCGAUGGACUCUGGAGGAGACCAUAUGAGGUGCUGAUUUUAGCACACAGAGAGAAGCUCUCUGGCCACGAGGGCAAUGCCGACGAGGGUGCCAAUGUCUAUAAAAUCAAACGGAGAGUCAUCGUCGCCGUGCCCGACGUCCAUUCGCGGAAGCCAAAUCUCAAAGCGCUCAUCGAAGAUAUAUGCUUUUCAUCUCCGACCACAGACUCUGGUCAAGCGGGAGGACCCAGUCAGGGAAGACGUGUUCGUGAAUACUCCGCAUUGGAGGUGUUUGCGCGCAACCUAACCGCUGGAUGGUGGGCGUGCGGGAACGAGGUCAUAAGAUUCAACUGGAAGGGUUGGUGGAACGAGAACGGCAGCAAGGAAGCUGGCUGCGGCAGCGCAUAG